GUGCGGCGUGGACAGGGGUGGGAACCGGGUCGCCGCGGCCCGCUGGGAUGCGCUCUGGCCGGCCAGGAGCCUGGCAUUCCUGUAGGGCAGCGGGGGGCCCUAGCAGCCGGUGGCACGAGGUGAGCGCGCUUGAUGCCCUGGCGACGCGGGCCGCCUAGUUAGGGUGGCGGAGAGCGGCUGUCGUGAACCACAGCUGUGGCUGCAGCGCCCGGACGCGCAGACACCUGUGGCAUCCCCCGGCUUGGCCAGGGUGCGCCUGCCAGCAGCUGCCUACGGUAGGGCGUCCUUCGGGGUUCCCGGAGCCGCCCCACGCCUGACUUGGAUACUGACCUUGGAUUCAGUCCAUGAAUGGAGUGUGAUCGCUGUGACAAGCGCCGGGCAGCCAGUAUUUUUCAAUUCCUCCAGUAACUCCACGAACCAGGGACGUGGAAUCAACUCAUGCAGCUUUCUCUACAACCCUGUGAGGGGCGUGGCAGCCUGUGCUUCAGAGGCCAAGGAACUCGUGAAAGGUGGACAGAGGACAAUUCUUCAUUGCGUGGAGUUCACUGGGGGCCAUCCGUGACCCAUAAUCAUUGUGAUAAUUCAAAACAGCCCUGCUGGCCAUUUCCAGAAUCCUAGAGAAGUGUUCAUGAUUCCUCCACCAGCGCCAGAGCUGUGAUUGCUGUGUCUGUCUGAUGCCUCAAAAGCAGGGAGGGAGCUGUUGCUGGAGCCUGCCCUUGUGCUGAUGAGCCUUCCCAACUCUUCUUCUGUCUUAGAAGACAAGAUGUGUGAGGGGAACAGGACCACUAUGGCCAACACCCAGCUGCUGCCCCUGGUGGUGGUCCUGAGUACCAUCUCCCUGGUGACGGUGGGCCUCAACCUGCUGGUGCUGUACGCCGUCCGCAGCGAGAGGAAGCUACACACUGUGGGGAACCUAUACAUCGUUAGCCUCUCUGUGGCAGACCUGAUUGUGGGCGCCGUUGUCAUGCCCAUGAACAUCCUCUAUCUUCUCAUGGCCAAGUGGUCCCUGGGCCGCCCUCUCUGCCUCUUCUGGCUCUCCAUGGACUAUGUGGCCAGCACAGCAUCCAUUUUCAGUGUCUUCAUCUUGUGCAUUGAUCGCUACCGCUCUGUUCAGCAGCCUCUCCGGUACCUGAGAUAUCGCACCAAGACCCGAGCAUCAGCCACCAUCCUGGGAGCCUGGUUUCUCUCCUUCUUGUGGGUUAUUCCCAUUCUAGGCUGGCAUCACUUCAUAUCCAAGGCCCCGGAGCCCCCAAAAGACAAGUGUGAGACAGACUUCUACAACGUCACUUGGUUCAAGAUCAUGACUGCCAUCAUCAACUUCUAUCUGCCCACCUUGCUCAUGCUUUGGUUCUACAUUAAGAUCUACAAGGCUGUACGGAGACACUGUCAGCACCGCCAGCUCACUAAUGGGUCCCUCCCUUCUUUCUUGGAAAUCAAGCUGAGGUCAGAGAAUGUAAAGGAUGUCAAGAAAUCUGGGAAGGAGUCUCCUUGGGGAGGUCUGAAAAGGCCAUCCAGAGACACCGGAGGUGGAUCUGAUCUGAAGUCACCCUCUGAAGACCCCAAGGAGAUACACUCUCCAACUAUCUUUAGUCAAGAGGAGAGUGGGGACACAGCCACAUUCCACUGCUUCCAGCUUGACAUCAGGCAGACACAGACUGUGACUGAAGGAGGUAGCAGAGGCUCAGAGGCUAAUGACCAGGUCCUGAGCCAGGUCAAGACAGAUGAGCGGAGACUAAACACAUGUCGGAUCAAUGAGACAUCAGAGGAUCAGAUACUGGUAGAUCGACAGUCCUUCUCCCGGACCACAGACUCCGACACCAGUACAGAGCCAGGGCUGGGCAGAGGCAAACUGAGAAGUGGGUCCAAUAGUGGUCUAGAUUACAUCAAGAUCACCUGGAAGAGGCUCCGAUCGCAUUCCAGACAGUAUGUGUCUGGGCUGCACCUGAACCGGGAGCGGAAGGCGGCCAAACAGUUGGGUUUCAUCAUGGCAGCCUUCAUUCUCUGCUGGAUCCCCUACUUCAUCUUCUUCAUGGUCAUUGCCUUCUGCAAGAGCUGCUGCAGCGAGCCUGUGCACAUGUUCACCAUCUGGCUCGGUUACAUCAACUCCACACUAAACCCCCUCAUCUACCCCCUGUGCAACGAGAACUUCAAAAAGACAUUCAAGAAAAUUUUGCACAUUCGCUCCUAAGGGCACAAUGAAGGGAUGACACAGCAUAUGGACAGUGUCUGAUGUCCAAAAAGGAGUCAGAGGAAGAAAGCCUGGGCAUCCCUAGGGUCCAGGGCUUUCAGGAAUGGAAUCUAAGGUCUUAGGAGCUGGGCAGUACAGAAGAGUUCUUAGAGCUAUCAGAAGAACAGCAGGUGGCAGUGGUUGGUAGAAAGAUUGAACUCAGGGUAGAGAGCAGGUAUUUCCAAGAGGAGACCUGGGUAGCGCUCCCCCUCCCCCCGCACCUCCCCUCCCCCAGGGAAUAUGAAAGUCCCAGACACUCCCUGGAAUUCAAACUUCCUGACUGGACGUGAUUGGUAACUGAAGAGAGGUGUGGCUAGAGCUUUACUGGAGGAUUAGACUGGACUCUCAGAGACUUCCUGCAACAGAGUUGUGUGACUGAAGACACCCAUGCAGAUGCCACCCCUUCCAGGGGUCACCUGGACAGGCAUGGGAGCUAUUCCAUUGUGACCGCCACUUCUCAGAACACUGCCCUGUUGAGCCUCUUACAGCUUUCUCCAGAGCCACCCUGGAAACUGCCUUAUUAUUUUUCCCUCACCUGUGGCUUAGAGUUGAUAGUAAAUUAGGCAGCUUGCUAGUCUAUCACUUCCAACCCCUAUUUCCUCUUGGCUCUUAAAAAACAUAACAAAAGCUGCCCUCAAACAUAAGAAGAAGGAAAUGUCUUGAAUACGAGCAAGAAAGCCCUGUUUCUAAGGCUACCCCAGGGGGUCUCACUGAAGUCCCCUGACACAACAGGAAGGCAGCAUUGGUGGUUCCGGUCUGCAGAGGGACAAACUGAGAUGCAGCGAGAGGUGCUCAAGGUCACAUAGAUACUUAGGUGGGAAAAUUGAGAUGAAACUCUGUGUGGUGCAGCUCACUGUCACCCAUUUUCUCCAAAAGGUAAAAGUUGCAUCCUGUCAAGUACAAUAUUCCCAAGAGAGGUGACCAUCUCCAGAGUACUAGAACAGCUGACAUGGAGCACAUGUGUGGCCCAGAAGGAGAUCCUUUGAGGGACAGUGUAGGUUCCUAUCUGAGAGAUCAUGUGCUUUCUAGUCACACAUGCUAAGUGCUCUGAGUACAGGCCCAGGAGCAUCCAGUUUUAUUUGUGCUGCAAUGUGGUUGUGAUUUAUACUUUAAAAUGUAAUGUUAAACCUUAUGUGUUGCAAAUGGGAAUUCCUGUAAAAGCUGGUCUUUUGUGUCUUGUGUUCCUAUUUGCAUGAUCUGUCCAAAUAAGAUAUUUUUGCCUACUUAAAAUAUGAAAUUUGA